AUGGAGGAGAUCUCUACACCUCAAAGCGGAGGCGGCUUUCGCUUUCGGUCCCGCCGCUCAUAUCCCUCACUACACCAUGUCUCCCUCACACCAUUGACAAACCGGUUCCCCAUCGACGACGACGACGACGAUGAUGAUGGAGCGCCACAGGAUUACUUUUCACCACGCGCGGAGCGUUCCGCCGACACACCGACACGGACAUCCUACCUCUCCAGCUUCUCUGUCCCAGGAACCCCAGGCGUUCUCUCGCAUUCCCGCAGCACCUCCCGGCUGCGUCACCACUCCCGCAGCAAAAGCUCAAGCCGCAUCCACUGGAGCGACAGCAGUCUCCACGCCCAGGGCGAGUCACAGCCCCUACACCACCAUCAUCACCACAAUCACCACCACAAUCACCACCACAAUCACAAUGCCAACGGCACCAAGAAAGCCCGCACCCCAACCUCCCACCACGACUCCCCCCACCGCGACGCAGAAUGGAUACUCCGCGCCGGCAUCGCGCUCGCCUCCUCCACCCGCGAAGAAAAAGGCCAAUCCUGGCUCGUGAAGCGCGAGAGCUCCACCAACCUCGUCUCCGAGAGCACGUACGACGCCGCACCCGCAGCCGCGCACUCAGGUUCACGCUCCUCGCGCUCGCGGUCCGGCCGCUCCACGCCCGCCGCGUACUCGCGCCGCGGGUCGCACUCCCGCGCCGCCAGCAGGCGCAACAGCCGGCCUGAUCUGGCCAUGACGAGUCUGGGGGCCAUGUCGCCGCGGUUGCGGCUGGGGGCAGGGGCAGGGGCUGUCGCUGGGCGAGACGACGUGCGCCUGCUUCCGGAUUUCGUGGACGAGCGCAUCCGUGCCGAAAUGGCGUCGAUCCAGCAGAUCGAGGACGGGUAUGCGUAUGCGAGUGGGUCGGAGGGGGAGUUUGGGUCGGACGAGAGCGACGGCUCGGAUGACGACGAGGAGGAGAUUGAUGAGCAAGAGCUGCAGCGGCUGACGCGGGAGCGGGGGUUUGGGCUGGGCGGGUGGAUUGACCGGAUGGUUGAGUGGUCGCUUUUUGGGGUGGAGGAUUUGCCGCUGGCUGGUCGGGGUGGUGAUGGGCCCGCUGGGCAGACGGAGAAGGCUUCGGAGGUGAGUUUGCGGGAUGAGUGCAUCGGUGAUCAUCAUUCUGUGUCGGGCCUGACGGAUGACAAUGACAAUGAUGGGUUAUCUGCGGAUGAGUCUGUCAUCUCGACGGUGGUGGAGAAGCCGGGGGAGAAUGGAGGAUGGGAGGAUGCAGGGUGGUUGAUUCGUGCUAUGAAAUGGGCGCUGUUAUAG